AUGGUCGGCCCCUCUCCCCAUAGGCUGCGCCGGAAGCCGGCCAAGAAGACGGCAGCUGUCGGCACCACUACCACCACCACUACCACUACCUCGUCCAAACCAAACAAGAGUCCGCGCACGCCCGAUGGACUCGCUCGAUCGCCGGCCUUCCCGCUGGCCGCCUUCCUCUGGCCGGCUCGCGGUGCCGCAUCGCAAUGGGAACUGCUGCCGCUGAUCCUCAUGGCUGCCGGUCUCUUUCGCUGGGCUGCCGGUCUUUGGGGCUAUUCAGGUUUCAAUAAACCUCCCCUCUACGGCGACUACGAAGCUCAACGCCACUGGAUGGAAAUCACUACUCAUCUCCCCGUCUCUCAAUGGUACUUCCACGAUCUCGAAUGGUGGGGCCUCGACUACCCACCUCUGACGGCCUACCACAGCUGGCUGCUCGGCCGUCUCGGCACAUUGAUCAACCCCCUCUGGUUUGCUCUUCGCUCUUCGCGCGGACUCGAGGAUCCCGCCCUCAAGGUCUAUAUGCGUGCCACUGUCUUGGUCUCCGAGUACGUCGUCUACGUCCCGGCCGUCGUUGUCUUUGUGCGCCGCUUUAGUCGUCUCAGCGGCAGCGGUGCCUCUUGGACUGCUGCUGUCGCCCUGACUGCCGUCCUGCUGCAGCCGGCCACUCUGUUGGUCGACCACGUCCACUUCCAGUACAACACCAUCAUGCUCGGCUUUGUGACGGCCAGCCUGUCCAGCAUGCUGGCCGAUCGACUGCUCUGGGCUGCCGUCUUCUUCGUCGCCGCCCUCGGCUUCAAGCAGAUGGCCCUCUACUACGCCCUGCCUGUCUUUGCCUUUCUUCUCGGCAGCUGUCUGCGUGCCGGUGCUGUUCGCGCCCCAGCUCGUCUGCUCGCCGUCGCCAUCGUCACUCUCGUCGCGUUUGCUCUGCUGCUGCUGCCCCUCGCUCUCGGCACCCUCUCGGAUCUCCGUGCCGGCGUGCAUGCCCGCCCGGAGCUCGCACCCGACGCCGCAGUGCCGCCACUGGCCCUGCCCGUCCUCCAGCAGCUCGUCGACGCCAUCGGCCUCCGCUGGCCAGCUGCAGCUGCCUAUCUGCAGCCCAGCCUGUCGUCGCCCCCCUACGCCCUUCUCGAGCAGCUCGCUCAGCUGAUUCACCGGGUCUUCCCCCUGGCUCGCGGCCUGUUCGAGGACAAGGUGGCCAACUUCUGGUGCGCGGCCAACGUGCUCGUCAAGCUGCGUGCCUAUCCAGAGGCACUGCUGCAGCGACUCUCGCUCGCCGCCACGCUGGCAGCCGUGCUGCCACCGAGCGCCGUCUUGCUGCUGCGGCCGCGGCGCCUGCUGCUGCCGCUCGCUUUUGCCGCGUCGGCCUGGGCCUUUUUCCUCUUCAGCUACCAGGUGCACGAGAAGAGCGUGCUGCUGCCGCUGCUGCCGAUGACCCUGCUGCUGGCCGGCGCCGGCGGACUCGGCCGCAACACGCGCGCAUGGGUCGGCUUUGCCAACCUGCUGGCCGUCUGGACGCUCUUCCCGCUGCUGCAGCGCGUCGACCUGCGCGUGCCCUACGCCGUCUUGACCCUGCUGUGGGCCUUUCUGCUGGGCCUGCCGCCCACGUCCCUGUCGGUCUACGUCGGCCCCGGGCCUGGUCCCGAUGCGGCAGCUGAUCCGGCCGGUCCUGGUGUCCUCUGGUCGGCCACGCUGCUGCACGCGCCCUUUUACCUCGCCAUGGCCGUCUGGCACGUCCUCGAGCACUUUGCCGCUCCGCCGCCCGACAAGCCCGACCUCUGGGUCGUGACCAACGUCGGCAUCGGCGCCGCCGGAUUCGGCCUCUGCUACCUGUGGUGCAUGUGGCGGCUGCUGGUCGAGAGCGAACUCUUAGGGAGCGGUCCAACCACGAAGAAGACGCACCUCUUCUUCUCGACCCCUCGCGCGCCAAGAGGUGCCUUCAACGAAAAGCGAAACAGCCAAAAGCAAAAAGCAAAGACAGAUCUACGAAUCAACACUCCCGUUCGAAAGCUCUCUGCUCAUCGUGCACGAUCCUCGGGACACGUCGUCCAAGCUGACAGUUGGAGACGGAAGCUCGCCUUUACGCGCCUCGACUUCUCGACGUCCAACUCCUACCCCUACCUCUCCCCCAACAUGGCUCACAUGCGUGGAAGUGGCGCCGGCUACGGCAUCGGCCAGGCGAAUCCGUUUGGCAACUCGCCCGACGUGGACACGGAUCCGUCCGGUCCGCUGGACGCGAUCCGCCAGCAGACGAGCAAGAUUGAGGAUCUGCUGGACACCUACAGCGAGCCGGUGAAGCCGUAUCUGCCGGCCAUUGGGCGGUUCCUCAUCGUGGUGACCUUUCUGGAGGACGCUCUGCGCAUCAUCACGCAGUUCAGCGACCAGCUGCGGUACCUGAGCGAAUACCGACACAUUCCCUGGGGCCUCACGCACCUCUUUCUCGUCGGCAACGUGCUGGUGAUGGCGUCGUGCUCGACGCUGGUGAUCAUGCGGCGGCACUCGGGGUACGCGGUGAGCGGACUGAUCGGCGUGGUGGUCAGCCAGGCGCUCGGGUACGGGCUCAUCUUCGACCUCAACUUUUUCCUGCGCAACCUCUCGGUCAUGGGCGGGCUGCUGAUGGUGCUGUCGGACUCGUGGAUCCGCAAGACGCAGGCGUUUGCCGGGCUGCCGCAGCUGGAGGAGAAGGACCGCAAGAUGUACUUUCAGCUAGCCGGCCGGGUCCUGCUCAUCUUCCUCUUCAUCGGCUUCGUCUUCAGCGGCGAGUGGACGAUCGGGCGCGUGCUCGUGUCGCUGGUCGGACUCGUGGCCUGCGUCAUGGUCGUGGUCGGUUUCAAGGCCAAGGCCAGCGCGACGCUGCUGGUGGUGAUCCUGAGCGUGUUCAACGUGCUGGUCAACAACUUCUGGACGCUCCACGAUCACCACCCCCACAAGGACUUUGCCAAGUACGACUUCUUCCAGAUCCUCUCUAUCGUCGGCGGUCUCCUGCUGCUCGUCAACAGCGGCCCCGGCAAGGUCAGCUUCGACGAGAAGAAGAAGGUGUACUAA